UCUCAACUCUCUCUCUCUCUUUCCGAUUAAACAUCACUGCAGUUUUGUUUAGUUGGCAAUCACUACAAGCAUUAGGCUACUGCUACCAAUUUCACUGGAUAAAAUGUUCUUCCUACAGCACUGGUUAAGUGUCACUGCAUUUGCAUCACUUGCUUUGUAAGGUGCACACAAAACAACUUUUCUCACAUGGAAAAUAAAUCGAUAUCUCUUGGCUUUCACUCAACCUUGGAUGCGAAAAGCAAUGAUUUUCCUUUGAAGCUUUCUGAUUUUAAGAAAAUACAUUUACGGUUUUUAAAGAAAUGGCAAUGGAGUGAGGACCCGAAUCUGUUGUGGAAAAGAAAAGUUAGCAAAGUCAAUCGAUACAGGUGUGCAUCCGCGAAUCCCCACUGUAAGAGAUACCCCAGGUCCCCAUUCACAGGCUGCUGCACGGACUGGGCAGUCAACGCCGCAUGCAUGUGUUGGUGCGUAAAGGAUAUCACCGACAAGCUAGACGGAUAACCAGUAUCACUUACACUGAUACGGCUCAUUAAAGAGGACUGUGAGAGACAGUUGCAUAGGCCUGUAAAAACGUCCAAUAAACGAUCAAUAGGACUAACCAGUUAUAGGCAACACCUACUCUAAUCAACCCGUUUUUCAAUGCAUUUCUUUAUCAGCACGUUAGGAGCCUAACCAGUCACGGACGUGCUCACCAGUCAUCAUGUCACUUCACUAUUAGACUAUAGACAAUUCGGCCACCUUCCCAAUGACACCUGGUGAACGACAAUUUGGCUUUGCGCAUGCUAAAUCGCCUGCCAAAAAUCCCUGGAUCACCUAUCAACCAAUGGUGUUCAAAUCUUUUCAGAGAUAAAGGCAGGGCGGUGUGGACAGGGAGGAUUUUACACAACUGACCUCAGACCUUGACAACAACCAGCGAGAGUAACCAUGCCAAGGUCAUUUUUGGUGAAGAGCAAACGGGCACAUAGUUACCAUCAACCCAGAUACCUGGACGACGAAUAUAUCAAAUUGGAUACUAUUUUAGCUCAUGUAUGCGCAGAGACCCAAGCUCAGGUUGAGUUCGUAGAGAACUUAGAGCCGGAUACCCACAACCAUGACAGGCUGUCCCCCGAGUCCAGGCUGGUGCGCACAGCUGACCUUUCCUGCACCUCCCCGUUGAACUGUGAGGGCAGCGUGUGCGACCGCACAGCAGAUUACUACUGGUGUUCCCCGUGUUCCCCUUCAUCGCCUGACGAUGCUCAUCAUUUCACUGUCCCCUAUCGCCCUUACGCAUGGACCUGUUCAGGCUCCGAGCUCAGGCACCUUAUUCAACGAACAUAUCAACAUCUGCCAAAUAACAUGGAACCUGUUCCCAUGGGCAUCUUUGGGCCAGACGACAGAAUCGACCCCUCCAUUUACUCCCAGCGUGGCCACACGACAGGAUUUUACCGAGACUAUUCCUCUACAGGACUCCCUAUCCACAUGCGGGACACUGCCGAGUUAUAUUCAGAUCUCAAGCAGAGGACCACGGUCGCAGAGGUCAAGUCUGAGUCGGAUCUCAAUAGUUCCAGUAUGGAAUCAAGCAGAUCAUACAAGUGCAUGAAGUGUUGCAAGGUAUUCUCCACUCCGCACGGUUUAGAGGUCCACGUGCGUCGAUCUCAUAGCGGCACACGACCCUUUGCAUGCGAGAUUUGUGGAAAAACUUUUGGGCACGCGGUGAGCCUAGAGCAACACAGAGCCGUACACUCACAGGAGAGAUGUUUCAAUUGCAAGAUCUGUGGUAAAAGCUUCAAGAGAUCGUCUACAUUGUCAACACACCUGCUUAUCCACUCAGACACACGGCCUUACCCCUGCCAGUAUUGUGGGAAAAGAUUUCAUCAAAAAUCAGACAUGAAAAAACAUACAUUCAUCCAUACAGGCGAAAAGCCGCACAAGUGCCAGGUGUGUGGAAAGGCCUUCAGUCAAAGCUCCAACCUCAUCACGCACAGCCGCAAGCACACGGGGUUCAAACCCUUUGGAUGUGACCUAUGUGGUAAAGGAUUUCAACGCAAAGUGGACCUAAGAAGACACAAGGAAACACAACAUGGACUGAAAUAGCUGACAAAUAUCUCUAUAUAUAUUUAUAUCUUAAACUCUGUUGAUAACUGAUUCAUAUGAACAACCGCUCCAAAUAUGAGCUUAUAUGUAGGCCUAUACUGUUAGUCAUUUUAUUUUAACCUCUAAAUGCAGUUUUUCUUUGAUAUUGUAUGCAAUUGGAUUCGUUGAUUUCGUUUAAAAAUGUAUAGGUUUUCUCAAGCCGUAUAUAUGUUUAUUUCCCAAAGUUUUUGUAAUAUAUUUUUGAUAUCGUUGAGGUUAUGGUAGUAGGCGAACUGUCAAGUGACCAUCUGGCUUUGCCCCCAAAAUAUUUAAAGUUUUGAAAUUUGAAUGUCAAAUAAUUGUGUUUUAUGUUUGGGGAACGGUAAUAAUUAAUUAACUCCUACAUAACAUUUCUUACGCAUACCCUUUUCUUAUAUUACAAAUGUUGCAAUAGUCCCGGUUUUUAUCAUCAUUAACCAGAAAAUAACAGAAAAUGUCUUAACAAUAAAUAAGCCAUAUCGAUUGCUU